UACUUGAACUUCACAAUUUCUGGUAUCGACUCCGGCGAAGAUUCAGGUUCUAUCCGUCCUUCUCAAAUCACAGUUCUUUAUAGCUUCUAGUAGCGAGCAGUAACAAUUGAAUAUAAUAUUAAGUUAGAUAUCGAGUUUGUGUUCUGUCUGCAUAAGAUGCUUUGUACGAGGAAAUUCACUCCUGGGAGAACUUCAGUUUGCCCUUGUGUUUUACAUGUUGUACAAGCAUCGUAUGCUAGUUUAAGUUCAGCUAGGUCGUUUGAAUCCCAGGUUCGAGCUUGUUCAAAUUUUGGGUAUGUUUCUGGGUCUGUUGGUUCUCAUUGUUUAGCCAAGUCUAUUGUGCAAGAUUGUAUUUUGAGAUUACCGAAAAAAUCGACAUUUGGAUUUGGUUUGUUUUCGACUAUGGCUGGAACAAUCUUGGUCCAGGCUCGAGACCCGGCUAAGUUAAAUGUGGAGAUACAAAAUGCAGUUGAUGAGAAUAGACUAAAUGAUGCGUGGAAGUUUUAUGAGCAGUAUAUGGAGAUGGAUGGGUUUCCUAGGAAGUCUGUUGUUAAUAAGCUUUUAGCUGGUUUUGUAGAAAGCUGUGAUGUUGAGUGGCUUGAGAAGGCUUAUGGGUUGGUGGAGCAGGCUAUUGGGGAAAGCAAACAGAACUUGUUGGAGAGAAAUAUGCUGGUUUUUGUUUCAUUUGGUCUCGCGAGAGCUGGGUUGCCAGUUCCUGCGUCGACUGUUUUGAGAAGAAUGGUGGAGAUGGAGGAAUACCCUCCUGUUGCUGCUUGGUCUGCUGUCUUGGCCUACAUGUCUCAAACAGCUCAAGGGGCUUAUGUUGCUGCUGAGUUGAUUCUUGAGAUAGGUUACUUGUUCCAAGAUCACAGGGUCGACCCACGUAAGAAGUGUAAUGCGCCUUUGAUUGCUAUGAAGCCUAAUACAACUGCUUUCAACAUUGCUUUGGCUGGUUGUCUCUUGUUUGGAACAACUAAGAAAGCAGAGCAGCUUCUUGACAUGAUGCCUCGAGUCGGUAUCAAAAUGGACGCUAACUUAUUGGUAUUAAUGGCACAAAUAUACGAGAGAAAUGGACGGAGAGAUGAGCUUAGAAAACUUCAAAGAUAUGUGGAUGAAGCCCAUAACCUAACUGAUGUCCAGUUUCGCCAGUUCUACAAUUGCUUGCUGGCAUGCCAUUUGAAAUUCGGGGAUUUAGACUCUGCGUCUAACAUGAUUUUGGAAAUGCUGCGGAAAGCAAAAAAAGCAAGAGGUUCUCUUGCAGUUGCAACACUGGUAUUUGAUGCUGCUGGAAGGGGAAACAAGUUCCGUCGUGGAGCGAUUUCUGAAUCAUGGCAUCAUUCAAGCCAUAGAGAAUCAUAUGCUUAUGGAGACAAUAGGUUACCUGGUAUUCUUGUAUUAUCUUAUGAAGAGUUUUCUAUAGAUAGAAAUUUCUUGAGACUUGAGGCUGAGGCUAAGGAAGUGCUGGGUGCAUUGUUAGCUAAAUUGCAGAGCCAAGUUGAAUUAGUAACAACUGACCGUGGUAUCCUCCAGCCAACUGAAAAAAUAUUUGCUAAAUUAGUAAAGGCCUUUCUGGAAGCAGACAAGACCAAGGAUUUGGCGGCCUUCCUUAUAAAGGCAGAUAGAGAAGAUUCCCCAGCUUCCAAUGAUGAUUCAGCCUUGGUAAAUGUCAUUAAUUCAUGCAUAUCGCUUGGAUGGUUAGACAAGGCACAUGAUCUUCUUGAUGAAAUGUGCUUGGCUGGUGUAAAAACUGGUUCUUCCGUAUACGCUGCUCUUUUAAAAGCAUAUUGUGAAGCAAACCAAGCAGGAAAUGCAGCAUCACUAUUAAGAGAUGCUCGUAAGGCUGGGAUCCAGCUAGACGCAAGCAGUUAUGAGGCGCUGAUCCGAUCUAAGGUGCUUCAAAAUGAUACACAGGGAGCUCUUCAUUUGUACACUGAGAUGAAAGAGGCCAAGAUUCCAAAAGCUGGUCAUCAGGAGUUUGAGAGGUUGGUGAAAGAAUGUGCAGAGGGUUGUGAACCGAGGUUGAUGGUAAAGCUGUUGGAGGAAGUGAAGGAAGGGCAGGCGACAUUGGAUUCUGCUGUUCAUGACUGGAACAACGUAAUCCACUUUUUCUGCAGGAAGAGAUUGAUGCAAGAUGCUGAGAAGGCACUGAAGAAGAUGAGAAGUCUGGGGCAUGCCCCAAAUGCUCAAACUUUCCAUUCUAUGGUCACUGGGUAUGCUGCUGUAGGAGGAAAAUAUAUAGAGGUAACAGAGCUGUGGGGAGAGAUGAAGUCUCUAGCAUAUAACACCUCAAUGAAAUUUGACCAGGAACUCCUGGAUUCUGUUCUUUACACUUUCGUGAGGGGUGGGUUUUUCAGUAGAGCAAAUGAAGUUUUGGAAAUGAUGGAGAAAGCGAAGAUGUUCAUUGACAAGUACAAGUACAGAACACUCUUCUUGAAGUACCAUAAAACAUUACACAAAGGCAAAGCUCCCAAAUUCCAGACAGAAUCCCAACUUAAAAAGAGAGAAGCAGCAUUAGCAUUUAAGAACUGGAUAGGAGUGUGCUGAGUUAACUAUCUUUGUAUUCUCUGCUUCAUGCAUUCCUUGGCUCGAAUCGAGGAACUUGAUGCAAAAAAAAAUCUGGGAAAGGCGAUGUUGAUCAGCUGCUCUAGCUCAUUAUCUUGCUGUAGUAAUACAAA